CCCCGCCUCCACCGCCGCCGCCGCCGGGAAAGGCAACGCGCGCGCCUCGGCGGAGUUGCGGAUCGCGUCCUCUCGCGGCGGGCGCCUGCUUGGAUCCGAAUCUGCUCCUUGCUCGCUGCCGCCGCUCCGCAACACGGGCUUAUUUAGAAAGCGGGUCUCCCCGUUGCCUUUCCUAAAGCCCUAAAACACAAGCAGAGGGCUUGCGGUCGGGGGGAAGGUUGCUUGCUUUUCAAAUGCAGUAACCCGGUGGGUUUAAUACCCGGGUGUUUGGAAGCAGAUCUUGCGGAAAGGAAUAGGAAGGGACCCCAGGUAUUUUCCAACCGGGGUCGCAGCAGUAAAGACAUCUCUCUCCUCCCCCUUCCAUCUCUUCCCUUGACCUCGUAUUGGCAGCAAAGUUUGAAAGCAACCUGCAGCCGGCCCCGCCUGGGAACUUUCAGUUUAACCGGUCCAUGGCUGAAUGUUCAAGGUGCCUUUGAUGUUUGUGUACGAGCGCGUGUGCGAGUAGCGAGAGAGAAAGCAGCUUCUGGGAAGCGGACUGUUGCUUGCUUGCUUCCUCCCCCACCCCGGCUACACUUUAUCACCCACCUUCUUCCUCCCACCAGCCCACACGCGCGAUUUGCUUAAGAAGAACGGCGCGGGGUGCGGGAGUGUUGAAAUUAGCAAGAAGUGGUAAAUUGAUUAAGACCAGUUUCCUCCUGCGAGAGAGCGCUUGCAGAGAGGAGCGCGGGAGGGGGAAGAGCUAGAGCGAGAACCGAUCGCAGGCAGCCCAGCCCCUGUAGAGCACAGGAGCUUGCAAAGGAGGGGUGGGAAGUGAGCAUUGCUGCUGGUAGCGGCUCAGUUAGCUGCCGUUUGCAACGGUGAAGAAUUGAUCUAGCCACUAGCGGGGUGCUGGGUGUUAGGCGGGGUGUUCCUGCGGCUCCUCGGCGACGUGCAGAGCGCUCUCCUUGAUUGCAUUUGACUUGCAAUGCCGGCAAACCGUGCACAGGAUGAAAUCAGGUCACUCUUCUAGAAUGCCAGAGGAAAGUUCCCCACGGAAGACUCCCCAGAAUGUCCCAUAUCGGGACCUUCCUCAUUUGGUCAACGCUGAUGGGCAGUACCUUUUCUGCAGAUACUGGAAGCCAUCCACCCCACCAAGGGGCCUGGUGUUCGUUGCUCACGGUGCUGGAGAACACUGCUGUCGCUAUGAUGACUUGGCCCAGAUGUUGACGGGAAUCAACUUUUUUGUAUUUGCCCAUGACCAUGUUGGCCAUGGGCAGAGUGAAGGAGACCGUAUGGUUGUGUCAGACUUCCAUGUGUUUGUCAGAGACAGCUUGCAGCACAUUGACCUCAUGAAGAAAGACCACCCAGACCUCCCUGUGUUCCUUCUAGGGCACUCCAUGGGAGGAGCCAUCUCCAUCCUCACCGCGUGCGAAAGACCAAAUGACUUUUCAGGCAUGGUAUUAAUUUCUCCUCUAGUAGUUGCAAGCCCAGAUGUAGCAACACCGAUCAAGGUUUUUGCAGCUAAAAUACUUAACUUAGUUCUGCCAAACUUGUCCCUGGGAUCUAUCGACCCAAACGUCAUUUCCCGGAAUAAGAAAGAGGUUGACUCUUACACCACAGACCCACUGGUUUACCAUGGCGGCAUGAAAGUCUCCUUCGUCAUCCAGUUGCUGAAUGCCAUUGCCAAAAUAGAGCGUGCGCUCCCCAAACUGACUCUUCCUCUGCUGGUGCUCCAUGGUUCACCUGACAAACUCUGCGAUAUCAAAGGCUCUUAUUUGCUGAUGGAUACGGCACCAAGCCAGGAUAAAACUCUCAAGGUAUAUGACGAGGCUUACCAUGCCCUCCACAAAGAGCUUCCUGAGGUGACAAUUCCUCCCUCCUCUACUUCCAAGGCUACAAGACAGACCCAAAGGGAAACGUCGUUUAUCAGAUGGAGAUGGAGCUAGGAAGGAAGUUAGGCUGCUGGCGGAGUCUCUUCCUGUGUGAAUUCAGGCCAUGACUGUGUUUAGAUUUAGGGUCAGGCCAGGCCGAAAGGGCCUCUCAGCCCUCAGGGCUUCGAGAAUAAGGAGGAGUCCAGCAGACCACAGGAACAGCGCAAGCCGCACUCUAGAUGUAGCGCUGUUUAGUGAUCAGCCCCCAAAAUGACGCCACUGAGGAACAGGACUAACAUAGAAGUCUACAAGCCUUAAGGCGUAGACUCUUAAGCACACAAAAGAGAUGCUGCUGAUGUUACUUCUGCUUCCAGAAACCAAAUCCUUCUUCUGUGCAAGAACUGUAUUCUGUAAAUAUGUGUAGGGGCUGCUUUUCUUGUUAUUUGUGUUAACUGAUAACUUAAGAUGUAAAGUCAAAAGUUAUAUUUAAAGAAAAAUAUUAAAUAUAAUAUAUAAUGUCUCUAUAGGUCAUUCAGAGGUAUCUAGAGGAGGAGGAGGAGGAACAGAGUAUAGAAUGAAGGCAGGGGAUGUCACUUCUGCAACGUGUGUCCCUUUAGAGGAUUUCCAGGCAGCACAAGUUUAACUCUGCCAUGUUGCAAUAUGAAUGCAAUUGCCACUUGAAAACCAGGGAGUAGCCACCCGUUGCUUUUCCACAGUUCUCACACUCCCAUUCCUCCUUUUAAUUAGGAUGGACCAGACAGAAACAACUUGCCUUUGGGGUAGGGUAGUGUUUGUCUCCCUAUUCUUUUAUUCUAUCCAUGGUUGGAAGGAAAUAAGGGGAAGGAGUGAAAGAAAGAAGCCAAAGUAAUGGAAGAGUCGGGGACAGGAGGCGAUUGUAAAAGUUACUGGAUUCUCAAGAGUCCGUGGUACGUGGGGGCCCUGGAAGCUUGACUAGCAGAGUACUAGGGCUAGCAUUUUUUGGCAAUACUUACUUGAGGAAGGGAAAAUGGGCAGUGCUAAGAAUUGAAGAGAGCCACCCGUUGGGUGAAAGUGCUUGUUGCAUAUGAGGAAGAUAUUGAGGAGGGGUGAGGAAAUGGAUAAAAUGGGCUGUUUAUGGUACGCAUCUCUGAGGGAGGGGACUUGAGAGCAAGAUAGUUAUGUGGAAUCUCUUAAUCGCAACAACUUUGGGGUAUUAGCUUUCACUGAGACUAGCUGCUUGGCCAGCCCAGACACAUCUGCACCAGGAAAAUAUGAAGGAGCAGCCCAUGGCUAGCAAAAAACAUGCCACCUAGCUAUCAAGCAGUGUUUUCAGGCAGCCCAAAAUUGGCAUGUUUGUUGAAAGUCUGUGUAAAAGUGCCCCCCCUCCACCCUAACCAAUGUGAGGAUUAUGAGGUGCCUGCCAACUUUGCUUUGCAGCAGAAUUCUUCUAUUUACUACUAUUUCCCCCUCUAGAAUAACCCAGUUAGCACUGCUGAGCUAGUCUCCUGUUAAAGUGACUUGGAAAGAGAAUCAGUUUAAAAGUUUUCCAUUGGGUGCCUACCAUGAUCUUUCUACAAGAGUGCCAGUCCUGCUUUUUCCAUGCAUUUCUGCUCUAGAGGUGUGUGGAUAGUGGGUAGGACUUUAUAUAAUAGAUGCCCAGCAGGAGUUUGAACUCUCUUCACCUGCUGGCCUUUCAGCUUUGCACUGGGGGCAAACAACACAGCAUUCCCCACUGUCGAGAUUUUUCAGCUGGACCAGUAGUCUGUAUUGCAAAACCGCCCAGAUUAUGACAGUUUCACUUCCCACCUCCAAAGCCAGUUCCUUUUGGGAACUGUGAAAGAGAACUUUGUGUAAUAACAAACAGCCCCCGAAUCUAACUUUAAUUAGCUCUGAUCUGUUCUCUAAUAAGGGUGUGAGUGGCAGAAGCUUAACACAUCACAAGACCUCAGCAAGAGAAGCACUGUAGGAGUAACAGUCGCCUGGUUUGCACAGACUUUUGCAACUCCUAGCAGUUCAUCCAGAUUUUUAAAAAAGGCCCCCUUUUGUUAUAGAAUUAAUUGUGACCAUAUCAGGGUGCUUAAAAUUUCCUUUGAUAGGCCCUGGAUUAAUUAUUGGUUGCAGAUUUUAUGAGUCAUUUCACAUCACAGAGGACUUGCCCUACCAUAAGAGCUCAGCUGACUGAACCAGUGCAGCUGUAGUUGUGGCCUGUGAGUUACUAAAAUGGAGACUGGGCUAUGGGAGAACAGCAUGCUUGCCGUUGCAUAUGGGUGGUGGGAAUUAUUUCAGCAGCAAAAGCCCAGUGAAUUAGAUACACUAUUGUUCUUCUGGCUUCAUAAUAGGCUUCUUUUCCUGUUCCACUAGCUGAGGGAACAGGCAAUAUUGCAAGGGUGGUGACUAGCUAAGGUGAAUGCCCUUGCAUUUAUAAGCCUUAAAAAAAAAUCAGGUAAGCUGCAUGGAUAAGCAGCAGUUGGCACAGAAGUAGAAGCACUCAAAAUGCAUAUUGCACAUUAAAACGGCAAUCAAGGUGGAGAGUAUUCCAAAGAUGUGCAUGUUAGCUUAAUUCUUCACCUAUUCAGAUCAACUGGGAGUUUAGCCACAGUGUGAGAAAUCUAGGUCAAUGCUGGCUGCCUUGGAGGAGAAGUGCUUUUUUGCAUUUAACUCCUACACACAUGAGCACUGCUGUGCUGGCCUCUAUUGUAUACAUGCCCAAAAGAGGUUCUAAGUUCAGUGCCUUUGAAUAAAUUUAUCCAGAGAAAGCCUGCUGUAACUCCUGAGCUUUGAAGCAAUAGAUAAAGAAGAGUUAGAACAGACUUCCCCAACCUGGUGCCCUCCAGAUGUUUUGAACUAUAGUCCCCAUCCCCCUGACCAUUGCCAGUGGUAGCUGGGACUGGCAGGAGUAGCUGUGAUCUUCAGGAUCACAGGUUGGAGACAAAUGGAUUGGAAACCAUAUUCAACUCUCAAAGUCAUGCAUAGGUUUGAAAAACCACACUGAAUGGGAAAGCGAUAGCUACUGUUAUUGGGAAAGUGAUAGCUACUGUUCGUUCAUUUUGCUAAGGACUAUGCAUUUGGGGAAAUGCAACCCGGAGAGUGAGUUAGGGAGGUUAUGUUCCUUUAAGAGCAAAUAGAAGCUGGCCACCUUCGCAUAGGCCUAUUGAGCUUCCGUCUGCCAUGGAGCUUUUAAAAGAAUAGAACUAACUACUUAAGUAUUGCUUUCAAAAAGAGGGAGGGGCAAUUUAAAUAAUACUCAUUUGCUAGAUGUUGGGGAAUUCGAAAAAAGACUUAUAUUCCUGCUGGGAUAGAAUAAACAACAGUUCGUAAACUGAAUUGUGCUGGAUCAACACCAGUGAAGGCUCUAAAACAAAAAAUCAUUUCUGCUGUAGUUAAACCUGUCAAGUCUAAGCUUGCUCAUGCUGGGAAGUUGGACUUCUGCAGUGUUCUAAAGAAAGUAACUUGCUGAGCAACCACAGCUGGCAGCCAGGGGCAGCGUUUGGAUUGUUGCAGGAAAACAAGGGCAGAGCCACAGGCUGCAUUAUGGCCAUAGCUGUGGCCUCUUGCACCUGCCCUGAGAAAAAAGAGAUAGAUUGUAGUGGUGAUCUUCAGGAGCCUGCCUUGCUAAUCAACGUUAAACCAGCUGAAGCUCCUUGGGGCUGCCCUACCUCAGGCCUGCACAACUUGUGACCCACCAAACUGACUACAACCUCGCCUGUAGCCUGCAAAGUCUUCUGCUUUUAGAAUCCUAGACAUGCAGCAGAAGUGGGAGUCUUACAGAGUUUCAGACAUUGGUGAGUGAGCUGUUAUUCAGCUUGGCAGGUGACAAAUUGCACAGGCCUGCCCUACCUUAAAAUCACAAACUAGAGUUCACCAGAAGCAUCUACAAUUUUAACUUGUUUGAUGCAUGCAGUUUCUGGAGAGCAAAGUUCUCCCGAACUUGUAUCAGCUUCCAGACUGCUGUGCUGGGGACCAACGGAGUUUCCCCCUCUUUGAGAACUUAGUUCCUUUAUGACAGAGCAAUAGUUGUGUGUAACUAAUGUAUAUAACCGCCAUCAUAUGCACCGGACGUGGCAUGACAACCAGCCUUCCCAUAACAUGUCUGGCACAACGUUUUAUAAUGAGCCUGCUCUUUUUAUAUCAGUCACCUUACCACUUUGAUGACAUUAUCUUACCAAGAUAACUUAUUUUUCCAAGUAAUUCCUGUGCCACUGUUUCUGCUCGUUUCAUUUGUGCUCCAACUCACACAGUACUAGACACUCGACAUACAUACACACUUGAAAUGCCUGUAUUUACAGCGAGGAGAAUGUGUACAACUUAGAUACUUUUGAGAGAAAAAGAAAAAUAAUAUGUAUAUGAACACUAAUAAUAAAGAUAUGUUUUUUUGAGUAUG